AUGGAAUACCCCGACGAUCUAGACCUAGAAGGCAUGAACGCGCUGGACGAACUGACCGGCGAUGCUGGACCAUAUGAUCAUACUCCCGCACCCAAGCUGUCCUCCGAGCUACAGGAUCUCAUCCGAGCCACCAAGUCCCAGACUCCAGCGAAUGGAACCCCCAAGCGCAAAUCGAGCAAGAUGGACUACCUCUUCAAGAUCACCGCACCCAUCACCCCGACGAUCCUCGCUUCUGCCGCCAUCCUCUCCACUCAACCCAAAAUCCACCAAGGGCAAGGCGAAGACGGCGACGCACUAUUCUGUCAAAUUCGCGACAUCGACAUCCCAGCGAUUAAAGAAUGGCUUGCGGAGGCAUACCCCACCGUCUCACCAACGUUCAUCCCCAUCAACAUCGCACGCAAAGCCCUUUCCCCAUUCUCCGCAUACCCAACUCUAGGCUACGACACCACACUACCUCACCGUCGCCCCCAAACCAUCACGCCCUCCGACUACCAACCCGCACAAAACCAAUUCCCAGUAUGGUACUUCUUCUACGGCACCCUAGCCAAUCCCUCACAACUAGCCCAUCUCUUCAACUCGCCACCAGGCCAGCAACACACGUUACUCCCCGCUAUGAUACACUCCGGAAAGAUCAGAACUUGGGGCGGUAAGUACAAAGCGCUGGUUGAUAACCUUGGCACGUGCGUGGAGGGGUGCGCGUACGAGGUUGUGUCGCAGGAGCAGGAGGAUGCGUUAAGGGUGUAUGAGACGGCGAAGUAUGAGGUUGUGAGGGUGGAGAUUAUGUGUCGGAUGGAUUCUCGAGCGAGGGUUGUGAGGGGGUUGACGUUUCGUUUUGCGGGGGAGGAGGGGGAGUUGGAUGAGGAUGAGGGGGAGUCGGAUGAGGAUGAGGGUUAG